AUGGCUACUGCUGGUCGGAAUAAUUCAAAUCGAAUGGAUCGUUUGACAACAUGUCCUAUUUGUUUGGAUAAAUUUCGUAUUCCAAAAGUUUUGCCAUGUAUGCAUACCUUUUGUUUAACACCAUGUUUAACAAAUUUGGUUGAUCCACGAGCACGUUCAUUACGUUGUCCUGAAUGUCGUCGAGAACAUCAAAUCCCAUCAGGUGGAGUUCAAGCUUUUCCUUCUAAUUUAACAAUGAUUGGAUUUCUUGAUAUUCAACCAUCAACAAUUAUCAAUCUUCCUGAUCGAUGCUCUCGUUGUAAAGAACAAAAACAAACUCUAAUAAAAUGCCAUGAUUGUUCAAAUUUUUUCUGUUCCGAUUGUCGUGAACCACAUUUACGUGAAACAUUUUAUAAUAUAAGUUCAUCAGUUAGUCACCUUCGUCGUACAUUACCAAGAUUAAGUGAUAAAAUUUCAUCUUAUGAACAACGAGUUAAUAGUGUUAAAACUAAUUAUGAACAAAUUCGACGAGAUAUAAUAUCAACAAUAGCUGCUUUAAUUGAUGAAUUAAAACAUCGUGAAGCAUCAUUACUUACUGAAGCUGAAGUUUAUAUGCAAUCACAAUUGAGAGCGUUUCGUAUACAACAAGAAACUGCUGAAGUUGAAUUAGCAAGUGUAGCAAGUUUUUGUGAAUCGGUUGGAACAUCAUAUCCGAAUGGACAAUUAAUUACGGAUGUAGAUUUAGCAAAUAUACGAACACAAUCUGAUCUUUAUGCACAACAAAUUGAUGCUUUGCAAGCACAAAUACCAUCUGAUGUACAGAAGUUACGAUUUACAUUUAAUGAUCAAGCAGCUAUUUCUUCCGCUAUACAAAAUUUUGGUCGAUUGAUUGAUGGAUCUCAAGGACAACCACAACAACAACAACAACAACAACAGCAGCAGCAGCAACAACAACAACAAUCUCAAACUUCAACAGGUCAAGUUGUUCGAUCUCAACAACAACCACAAUUUUCUACAGCACCAUACCCGCACGCUGCAACACAAUAUGCAACGCCACCACGAAAUCCAUUAAAUAGUCAGGCACGAUCUCAAAAUGAUCAAUAUCGACAUUUGGAAAAUCUUUUUAAUUCUCGUGAUUCUGCAACAUCACAAACUCCUUUACUAUCUCAGACUAUUUCUUAUCGUCCAACACAACUCAAUACUCCACGAAAUACUGAUAAUGCAUUUGCUGAUCUCAGUUUAACAGUACCUGCUCGGACCAAUACAUCGUCCUAUACAGCUUCAUGGGAUCCACAAUCAACUCGUCGUUCUACAUCUAAUGUUCAGUCAACAUCUAUAUUUGGCUCAAAUCCAUUUGCAGCCAGUAAUUCUCGACAAGCUCAACAAUCAACUGUUCCGCCAGCAGAAUCAUCACCACAACGUAAUUAUGUAACAAGCACAACCGCAGCACGAUCACUCGAAGGAGAUGAUCGACCAAUCUUUGGUGGUAGCGGAGGUCGUGGUGGAGGAGGAGGUGUUGGUGCUGCAAGAGGAAGACGUCGAGCUUCUACUAUGGUACCGAUUCAAGAACAACAACAAUUAACGAACGGUUUACAACGACGUGGUACAUUUAUACUUGAUCAGCCUAGUGUUCCUAAUUUACCACAAUCCGGUGCUCAAAGACCACGUGAUACAGUAAUUGUUCGAGAGCUUUAUAAUGUUCGACGACGAAAUCGUGCUCGAACACCGGUGGCUUUUACUAUAAAUCUCAACGAAGAAACGCAAUCGCCAGCAUCCCAAGAUACAGACAAUAGCACUGGAUAA